UGGGUUCAGGAAGGGAGACGGGUGGUUGGAACGCUGUUGUGUUUCUUAUCCUCCUGCCUAGGUUUGGGUCUGGAAGCGUGGAACAGUGGCGGAGUCGAGGUGGAGUAACUUGCGCGGUAACAUUCAGAGUCGGGUUGGAAGGGGCUCUGAGCAGCCCGAGGUGGUUGAAGAUCACAGAGUCAUUAAUGUUGGAAAAGACCUCUAAGAUCAUCAAGUCCAACCGUUAACCCAGCACCUCCGUGUUCACCCCAAAUGCCACAUCCACACGGUUUUUGAACUCUUCCAGAGAUGGUGACUCAAGCACUUCCCUGGGCAGCCUGUUCCACUGCCUGUUCCUGCCUUUCAGUGAUUUUUCCUCAUAUCCAAUCUAAAUCUCCCAUAGCACAACUUGAGGCUGUUCCCCCUUAUCCUGUCAUUUGUUUCCUGGGAGAAGAGGCCAACCCCAACUGGCUACAACCUCCUUUCAGGUAGUUGUAGAGAGUUAUAAGGUCCCCCCGAGCCUCCUUUUCUCCAGGCUAAACAAUCUCAGUUCCUUCAGAUGCUCCUCAUAGGGCUUAGCCUCCAGACCCUUCAUCAGCCUUGUUGCCCUGGAUAUGCUCCAGCACCUCAAUGCCUUUCCUGAAUGGAGGGGCCCAGAACUGGGCCACAGGACUAGGGAUGUGGCUUCCCCAGAGCUGAAUACAGAGGGGCAGUCACUGCCCUGGUCCUGCUGCCCACAUUAUUUCUGAUACAGGCCAGGAUGCCAUUGGCCUUCUUGGCCACCUGGGCACACUGCUGGCUCAUGUUCAGCCAUCUCUCAAGCAGCACCCCCAGGGCCUUUUUCACUGGGCUGCUUUCCAGCCACUCUGCCCCAAGCCUGUAGCAAUGCCUAGGGUGGUUGUGACCCAAGGGCAGGAAUCAGCAUUUGGCCAUGUUGACUUCAUACCAUUGGCCUCAGCCCAUCGAUCUAGCCUGUCCAGACCCCUUUGCAGAGCCUUUCUACCCUCGAGUAGAGCAACACUCCCAUCCAACUUGGUGUUAUCAAAGAUGUCCCUGCCCACGGAGGGGAGGUUGGACUAGAUGACCUUUAAAGGUCCCUUCCAACCCAAACUCUAUGAAGAGUAAGGUAUCUCAUUGCUAUGCAAAAAGCUCAUGGGUCAACACACAAAACUUGCUGUCGAGCAGUACCACAGGUUGUACAGGUAAGUAAUACAAGAGAUUUACCCUAAAGCAUCAUCCCCUGCAUCUACAACCACCUGCCAUCAAAGAAAGAGAAUUCUAGGGUGAACUUCCCUUUGUUUUGCUUUCUUCAGCACACCCAUGCUCCCACCCUCAGCCUGCUUCUUAUGGCAGGUAUGAGUGUGCAUCUGCCUCCUCAGGCAGCAUCCCAGGCCUUUGGCAGCCACACAAAGGAAAGGAGUUAUGCAGAAGUACAGACUGUCCGGGGUACGGGUGUUGGAUGUGAAAACACAGUGACACGUCAGGACCAUUUACAUCUCAGAGAGAUGAAUAUUGGACAGUCUCUCAGAGUACAGUGACCAGCCUGGCUAUGACAAAAAGCUGGUAUCAAAUUUCAUAGUUGCUGGUUGCUGGGGACUAGCUCAGCAAGUCUCCAUCCAGUCCCCAGGGGCUGGGUGUUUGCAUUCUCCCUGCGUGUUCUCCAACCUCUGUGAUUGACACUAAUUGCCAAAGGAGUGUUUAUUGCUUAAUGACUUCUAAGUCAAAUUUAUCCAGUCAGUCAAGCAAUCAGAAAAACGUGUUUCAAAAAAAAUCUAUAACAGCUGUGCUAUCUUGUGUUACAUUCCCACUAAUGUUUGCUAUCUCUGGAGGAGAAACAUGGAUAUGGGAAAUGUCAAAAUUAAUCUGCAGCAAUACUUAGAAAUGUUUUCCUUUCUUCAAUUUAAAGAGAGUGGACCAAGCUGUCUCUGAAGCUUUUUCCCAUCAAAAGUCAAGCUAUCCACAGGGGCCUUGGGGUCCUGUAACAAGUUUGGAAACCAUGGAACAGCUGCAAGAUCAUGAUGAGGCCUGUGAGGAAGCAAGUGAAGUCAUCAGUGUCUUCCUUCAUGAUAGCCCAAGAGCUGCUCAGGAACUGGAUGAAGUCCAAACUGCAACUGGAUCUGAGUGAUGGAGAAGAUGAAGUUGACUCUCUACUUCUGGAAGUGACUUCUGCAGCCUCUCCGAAGUCUGAGCAGUUUGAUGACUUGUGCAGCUAUCUGGAAAGUGAAAUGGAAAGUUCUUCUGUCCAGAAAUACGUACAGCAUCUUUUGCAGAGUGAAGAUGUGAACUGUGGGAUAAUGAAACAUCUUAGACUUGAAGACAUCAAAGAAAAACAAAAACUUGCAGAUCCACGAAUAAUCAUGGAGCUCAGACACAAGCAGGUGAAGGAAAACCGAAUGAGGCGUCAGAAGGCAUUAGAGCUUCAGAGACAAGAAGAGUCCCUGAAGAAAGCAAUUCUGUCUGAGGCCAAGCUCCGAGCACAGGAGGAGGAUAGAAGGAAGGCCCUGAAGGCCAAGAAGGAGGAGGAGGAGAUCCAGAGGGAAAUGGUGAAGCUGCGAAAGGAAAUGGCUGAGAAGAGGCUCACUGUGGCAGAAGCAUGGAGAAUGGAGGGGAGGAGACAAGAGAAAAUUCAGAAACUGUCAAUGCAGGAGGUGCCCAUUACUGUGUCACCACCCCUGGUCCUGAGGAAAGAAGAGCAAGGAGUGGAGAAACAGAGAAAAGCUGAGGAGCUGCUGCGCAGGAUUCACACCAGUAAGCAGAGAUGCCUGCAACGACAUUUCUCUGCUUGGCUGAAAGUCAUUCUGGAGCAGAGAAUCAAAAUGGGAAAAGCCAGAGCCCUUGCUGAUUGGAGAUGCCAACUGAAGGCCCUGCGAGCCUGGAGAAAUUAUACUUGGGCCCAGAAAGUAGAGCAGGAGACACAGCAACUGGAAGUUCAUCUCCAAGAUCAAAACAGGAAGAACCAACUGGCUGCAGAGCAUAACCAGCAACGGCUCCUGCGCUGCUGCUUCAUGGCCUGGCAGCGCUGGAGCCGAGCAGAGACGGAAAAGCGAGAGCUGCAGAUCAAGAGGGAGGAGACGAAGAGAAAGAUGGCACAGCUGCUGGAGGCUGUGUCACAGGGGAAGGGUGGUCUGCACAGGCCACUGGAGGUUAACCAGCCUGGGACAGCAGAAGUAAUCCAUCAUCAAGAUUUGCAGCAAGACAAGCCAACUGAAACUUGCAACAUAGAGAAGGAGCCUGAUCAGACCAGAGACCACUCUUGUUGGGAUACUGUUCAUACAUCUCAUUUCUGCAGAAAACACAAAUUUGUCUGGGAGAUUACCGUAAAACAUGCAGCCUUGAGUGUCCAGGACCAGGCUGUGUAUAGGAAUCAAGUAGCUACUGUCCUCCAGCAGUUUCAGGCACUUGGUCCAAAGACAUCUCCUGCUUAUGGAAGCCGUUUUGAGCACCGUCACGCCUUCCAGCAACGUCUGAUUGAGGAGCAGAGGCAGCAGCUUCAGAAACAGCAAGAGCUGAUCCUUAAGCUGCAGGAAAAUCAGAGGCUGAGCAGAGAUAAGGAAGAGGCAGCACAAACUACAGCUGUAACCCAGCUGAUUGACAAUUCUGUUUCUCAAACCAGAGAGGAAAAGCAAUCGAGAUGCAAGCAUACAAUCCCUUUGAGUUCACCUGAUUCUCAUGGGCCAGAAAACACAGGGGUAGCAAUGCAAGACAGGAGGCCCUCCAACCAGCUGACCUCAGCUCAUCCAAUACUAAAAGGGAUGGAGGAGAGAGCAAUUCAGCGGGCAGAACAGAGGAGGAAACUAGAGGAAGCCAAACAAAGAAAAGCAGAGGAAAAACUGGCCCAGCUGAAGGCUGAAGAGGAAGCACGACAGAGGAAGAAGGCCGAGGAAAAGGAAGCUCUGCGGGAAAAACAACGAGAGGAGAGAAGGCAGCAGAAGCUGAAAGAACUGGAGAAGCAGAGGAGGCUGGAGAAAGAGCAGCAGCUCCAGAAAAAGGCUAAAGAUCACUAUGAGAAGGUCCUGCUCAGAAAGCUGGGAAUAGUGCCAUGGAAAAGGCUGAGGGAGCAAGCCAAGGAAAAACUGGUGGUGGCACAAAGGCACCACUGCUUGGGCCUGCAGCGGAAAUGCCUGAUGACUUGGCUUCAGGACACCCAGCAGAGUCUCAUGGAGAAGAUGUCUCAGGCUGAGGACUUCUAUUCCCAUAUGUUACUGAGAUGGGGCUUCAGGAACUGGCUAAAGUACAAGGAUUAUCUCUCCACUCAGGAGGAGAGAGCGAGUACCUUCCAUGCAGCCUGCCUCAUGAGGAAGUACUUGCGGGCAUGGCUUGAUCUUAUCAUGGAGGAAAAAAGGACAUUAUGGGAGAAGCUGAAGAUUGCUACUGAACACAGUAACAAGAGACUUAUACUGAAUGCAUUCCAGGCAUGGAGGCAGUACCCAUUGCUGAUGAAAAAGGAAAGGGAGAGAGAAGAAAGGAGAAACCAGCUACGGAGGAGAGUAGCUGAAAUUCUCCCCAACUUCCAAACCUGACAAAAGAGAGUCAAAGGAGACGGAAGGGAGACAAACAACCAGUUCUGUUCAAUGCUAUCUCCCUGCUGACUGACACAAGUCCAAGGAGAAGGCCUGCCAAGUGACAGCCAAAGAAAGCUCCCUGCGGUCACUGUUGUUGUAAACUAAGCAUAUAUGGAAGCUUAUCUGACAGUUUCACUUUGCACUUCACGGGGUCAUUCCCCACAAGCUCCUCAUGUGAAGCCUCUGUAAGGGUGUCUUGGCUGGUGGCUGUGAGGCCUAGGUAACCAAAGUCUAGCACGGGGUGUGUUUGAGGCCAAGGCCAUUUCCACACACAGAGCUGCGGCACUAACGGGAGUCCUCCGCCAAAGGAAGCACAGGACUGAACUGCACCACUUUUUCCGUAAGCAGUAACCUGGUGCAUUUCUGUUGCCAGUACUCUAUAGAGUGAGAGCUCACUCAGAGAGCAGACAGACCUGACUGUCAGCUGACCCCCAACCACUGCUGCAAACUUGGCCACCCAGAGCACAGUUUCUGGCUAACUGUGCCACAAAAGUUUGGAUGGGAGGAGGAGAGGGAAGUGCUGUUUAUGGAAACCAUAUUUGCUAAUGAUCCAGAUCAUUGCAUGGCAUUUGGAUAAUCUAAAACUUGGAUACUUUUUUGAGGGACUACCUUGCUGGCAGCACUGGCCUGUUCACAAGCACAGUGCUUUGACUGUGGCGGCAAGUGGUGAUUCCAAGUUUAUGAGCCUCAUUGUCUUGUAAUUUAAACACUUCCCAAACUGUUUAACUGUAGUAUUUCAGGGUGUAUUGUGCAAGUCUGUCUGGGAUGUUUCACUUGAUCCAGUACUUCAAAGAAAAAAAGACAAAAAUCCAGGAAAAAGGCAGAUGUGUUUUUUAUAUAAGCUAAAGCUGACAUGAUUAAAAUGGAAGGUUUCUUACUUAACCUUAACCUGCAGCAUAAUGCAGACAGUGUAGUGCCGUUCAGAUACAGAAUGUCUUAGCAACAGCAUAAGGGCAGGAAGAUGGAAUCACUUCCCCCUCAUAAGAUAGGCAAAGCUCUCUCCAAAAGCAUUUGGCAGUAGAGGAAGCACUUGAGUAACACCAGGAAGAGAAGACAACAGUUUACUGUUAUGUUGUGUCAGAUCAUUUGUAAAACCCAUAUAAGCACUGAAAGUUUCCAAUAAACCCAAAUCUGAAAUGAACACAA